GGCACUCCCGUCUAGAUCGUACCUUGGUCAAGAAUCAAACGAUCACGAACCGUCAACCGGAUCGAGGCGGGUAAAAGCCACUGUUCUGUCAUCGAAACCAAAAAGAGAAUGAAAUCCAAUGUGGGCCGGCUCGUCGCCUUCCUGCUCCUCUGGUGGUUCUCUGACCUCCUGACGUCCCUGUUCGGCUUGUUCCUGCUGUACCAAAUCGGCUUAUCGCUCUACAACGUUUACGUGGAUAACACUUCGGAUGGGGGCGGUGAAUUGACUGUCGACAAUGACAAAGAUGUCGUCGUGAUCAGCGGAUGUGAGACCGGCAUUGGAAAAGCCAUCGCAGACAAGCUAGCCCAGAGAUUCCACGUCGUCGCCACAGUCCUCGAUACGUCAAGUCCCGGUGCCAUCCAGCUCGAACAAAUGGGCGUAGAGGUUGUGCAGAUGGACUUGACCGAUGUCGAUUCGAUAAGAACAGCUAUUGACGAAGUUGGGAAGAUCCUCGAGGGAGGGAGAAGACUACAUGGAGUCGUGAACAAUGCAGGCAUUUGCAUCAAGGGUGAACUUGACUGGUUGUGCCAGAAGCAGGUUGACGAUGUAAUGAAGGUCAACCUCACUGGACCAAUGACCUUCACAAAAUUAUUGCUCCCACGGAUAAUCUCGGACAAGGCUCGCCUCGUGAAUACGACUGGCUUAGACGGACUCACAGCGGGUUCGGGCCUCGCUGCUUACAACAGCUCGAAGACCGGAAUGGAGGCCUUCACCGACUCCUUAAGGAUGGAGUUGGGGAAAUACGGUGUACGGGUGAUCACCGUCCGACCAGGCGAUUUCUCCCUGCUGACGUGCGAGGCAUAUAAACAUACGCAAUACUCCACGAGAAUGUGGGAAGAUAUGGAUCAAUUUAAGAAGCAGCGGUAUGCGGCCGACUUCGAUGCGUAUGAAAAGGCAAUCCUGAAUACGAGCGGUAAAUUGAGUGCGGCCAACUUCGAAGGCAUCCGAUCCACAUUCGAGCGAAUCAUGAUCUCAGAGGAUCCGGACGACGAAUACAACGAAGGCAAUAAUUUGAACAUUAUCGUACAUCGAAUUAUCUCCAUGUUACCGAAGCCUUACCCGGAACAGCUUCGCAACAAGAUCUUGGCUGGCAUCAUGAAAAUCCACCUGUACCGGCGGUAGUACCGCUCGUGAUCCCGCUGGUUUCCCCCACUAAACACAAGAGAAUGA